AUGAAGGUUCCUGAGCCUUUGCGAUAUAUCUUCAACAGAUUUCCCUUAAAAACAUUUCCAGCCAUCGAGGACAAUACUCAUCAUCAAGAAAAUGAAUUCUUUUUUGGUUUGAAUGAGGCAUCGUCUUGUAAUGAACAAGAUCAAAAAUUUUGCUUGGGAGUCCACAACAUUCAACCAGUAAGUAUAAAGGGAGAGAAGAAGUACAUUCCGACUGACCCAGUCAGUUUGGGGAAUUGCCUUAUUCUAUGUUUUCGAAACAACUUGUUCUUACCAUCCAAGGGGAAGCAGCCACUCUCACGAAAUUCAAUGAGACUGAUGUCUUACUUAAUAUCUGAUAGCAAGGAACUUCCUGUGUUAAUAGAAACCAACGGCUCAAGGACUGAGUCUAUUACUGAUUCUAAAUCGUUCGCUCAAUCAGUAUCGCUGAAAUACUUUUCUAAAGAUCUGCAGGGUUUUUUGAUUAACCACCUUCUUGACAACUUGAACGACCUUUGGAUACUCAUCCUCCUAGUUGAUGUCCACGAAAGCGGGUCGUUCGACUAUUCCAAAUUAUUUUAUCAAGAUCCUGAAAUUGCUUCCAACAAGAUUACAAACAGUUUAACUACUAUGAAAUUGGUGGCGGAUAUUCCCUAUUGGACAUCGUUCAAAAUUCGAUAUCCACAUUUAUUUCAUUCUCAUUUAUCCACAAAUCUUUCUGGUGAGUCUCUAAGAGACUUGAUUAAUUCUUUCAAUUCCAAGGCAAUCGAAGAAACGUGCAUUGAAAAAUUGCAGGAUUUUGAAAGAACUAUUCCGUUAGUGAAUAAGUACUUGGAAUCCAUCGAGGAAAGCGACUCGAGGUCAAUAAUAGAGCUCAAAUUUGCUUCAUUCGUGUUUGUUACAUCAACCUUCAUCUCUAAAUCUAGUCAUAUUGGGCGACUCCUUGAGUUCAAGUUCAAGGAUGUUAUUUCAUUCUCGAAGGAAGUUAUUAGUCGCUAUUAA